AAAGUUUUAAAACACAAAAAUAAAAAAUUAUAUAUAUAUAGAAAGUGAAUAAGUGAAUACAAUAAAGCAAACUACUUUAAAAACAAAUAUUUAAUAUUCAAGAACGAAACCAUAAUAUACUGAGUGAAUUGUGAAAGCGCACCAAAAUUGCAACAACUAAUAUGAGUGCUAAAGUGAAUCCCAUUGCGAUUGUGAACCUGAAAGCUGUUGGAGAUGUGCAUGAAAUGUGAAAUGUGAAAUGCUUAAAGUGAAUUGUAGCAAAGGUGAAUUAUUAUACAUGAUACGCAUGUGCAACGGGUGAACGAAGAAGUACACUUUGCAGACAAAAUCAACGAGUGCAUUCAUCGCGUGAAAGUUUUGUGAUUUUUCAGCGAGUGUGAAAAUAAUUCAGAACACGUGGCAAGAUAUUUCAGUUUUUCCGUUGAAAAUGUGCGCUUUAAUUGUAUUACCGGCCAGUGAGUUCAUAAGCACAGACAUGCAGCAACACCGUAGGGAGUAAAAACUGUAUCGUGGUCCAACACUUAGACUCACGCACGCAUAUGAACACAUUUCCCACCCAUUCCGCAAACUUAUUGUCCAAGUGCAGCGCAGCGUUUCGAAGCAUUACCUCUGGCCUUUCAGCAUUCCACCCCCUGUCGACAGUGUGUGUUUGACCUUGUUACAACCAUAAGUAAAUAGAACCCACACAUAUACCAUCCACAAGCAUUUCUGCUCCACACCCACACAAGAGCCUCAAACGCCGCUAAAUGCCGUUGAGGAAAAUGUCCGCGGCUGCAGGUUCCACUGUCGCUGCGCUUGCUGCCAUUGCCGUGACAACAACAACAACUACCACAACAGUUACCACCUUAGCCACGGCAGCAGCGACGGCACUCGCAGCAGCAACAGCGACGGGCAGCAGCAAUUACAGCAAUGUCGCCAACAUAAUGGGUGCCGGCAGCGACGUUGCGACGAGUGGGACGGCGAGCGCUGCUGGCGGCGCCGAUCAUUUGCCGCUUCAGUUGACCACCGCCAAAGUGGAUCUGGACAUUGAAAUCGACAUUCAACUGCUCACAAACGGCUACGAAGGCACAACGCUGACUUCAUACUUCAAUGACACGUCGUGGAUAAAUCCAUCCGAAGCCGAUACGAUAGUGGGUGAGGAUCCUGAUGCGGUGUCUCUUGUGUCAAUUUUAGUUGUUGGCAUCUUCCUGUCAGUGCUGAUUUUUCUAUCGGUCGCCGGCAACAUACUCGUCUGCCUCGCCAUUUAUACGGAACGCAGUUUGCGACGCAUCGGCAAUUUAUUUCUGGCGUCAUUAGCGAUAGCGGAUUUAUUCGUUGCAUCCCUGGUGAUGACAUUCGCCGGCGUCAAUGAUCUGCUGGGUUAUUGGAUUUUCGGCGCGCAAUUUUGUGAUACUUGGGUCGCUUUCGAUGUGAUGUGCUCAACGGCGUCCAUUUUGAAUUUAUGCGCCAUCUCAAUGGACCGUUAUAUACACAUAAAGGAUCCACUCAGGUAUGGUCGCUGGGUGACACGACGUGUCGCAGUCAUUACAAUCGCUGCCAUUUGGCUGCUGGCCGGAUUUGUCUCGUUUGUGCCAAUCUCGUUGGGUCUGCAUCGACCGGAGCAGCCGUUAAUCGUAGAAGACAAUGGAAAACGGUAUCCCACGUGUGCGCUGGACCUGACGCCCACCUAUGCGGUCGUAUCUAGUUGUAUCAGUUUCUACUUCCCAUGCCUGGUCAUGAUUGGCAUCUACUGUAGACUCUACUGCUACGCGCAGAAGCAUGUAAAGUCCAUCAAAGCGGUGACGCGACCCGGCGAGGUGGCCGAGAAGCAACGCUAUAAGAGCAUACGACGCAACAAAAACCAACCGAAAAAGUUCAAAGUGCGCAAUCUGCACCACAGUUCGCCCUAUCAUGUCUCUGAUCACAAGGCCGCCGUCACGGUCGGUGUCAUUAUGGGCGUCUUCCUAAUCUGUUGGGUGCCAUUCUUUUGUGUCAAUAUUGUCGCCGCCUUUUGUAAGACCUGCAUUGGGGGACAGACCUUUAAAAUACUCUCGUGGCUGGGCUACUCCAACUCGGCCUUCAAUCCCAUCAUUUACUCAAUAUUCAACAAAGAAUUUCGUGACGCCUUCAAGCGCAUACUCACCACACGAAAUCCAUGGUGUUGCCGACAGGAGGUUGGCAAUAUACAUCCGCGCAACAGCGACCGUUUCGUAACCGAUUAUGCGGCGAAAAACGUUGUUAUGAUGAAUUCAGCACGCUCGUCGGCCGAACUGGAACAAGUGUCUGCGAUUUGACCAAAACGCACCGCUUCGGCGUUAGUUUGCUGCAUGUCCAGUGCGGAUGCUGCAUCUCUGACGACGACAUAUAUUCCGUGAGAUUCGGUGACGGUGGCAACCACGACCAUCGUGGAGGCUUUGCCGGUUGUGACGGAAAUGGAAACGGAAUUAGUUUAAAAUUGCUGAAUUACGAAGAGGAUGCAUGCAGUGACGAUGAAAUGUGCGUGGCACCAUAAUCGUGCGAGAUAAUCGUGUUGAAAGUGAAUUUUAUGCCUUGCUACUGAAGGCCAUAGCGUUUGUGAAGAUCGAGAAAACAGACUGCCUACAUCGCAACGUUACAAUCGACUACAACACAACAAAGAGAGAGGUCGGACGAUUAUAUUCUCUCUAGCCGUCCGAUACCAAGCAAGGUUUCAGACCGUGUGACUCCUUCAGUCUAUUGUUGGAGAAAAUAAUACAAGCUGCAGAGUUAAAUAGAGAAGAUACAAUAUUUUAUAAGAUAUUAAUAUCAUUGGCAUCAACAACCGCGCCGUUUUCUCUACUUUCUCCAGACUGGAUAAGAAUAAGCGAAGCGUAUGGGUCUGGAGAACAAGACAAAAUGUAUCCUGUCAUCAGUCACACUUGCGACUUAGCUCCCAUGUCACUGUUGACAGUCAUAUCUUCGAAGUCGUUGAUAAU